AUAGACGAUCUUCGACGGAAUCUGGCGAACAGUGGCCCCUCGUGGUCAUUCGCCGCCAUUGCAGCGCGUGUGCAUAUCCUGUUUCUCUGACUCAGAGGAUGAUGGCUAUCGGGAGAGGAGGUUAGCCGAGCUGGUCCGCAUAGAUGCUCGCGCCGCUGGACAACACUACGAGCAAGAACAGAAAACAGCUGAUAUCCAAAGAUGGAGGGGUUUGCUGCAGACAUGCUGAGCGGCGGCCGGGCUCUGCUGGACGAGGACAGCUCAGUGAUGGCGCGCAUGCAGAAGAAGUUCUGGAAGACCAAGCAGGUCCUCAUCAAAGCUACAGGCAAGAAGGAGGACGAGUAUGUGGUGGCUUCAGAUGCCGACCUGGACUCCAAGCUUGAGUUCUUCCGCUCCGUUCAGCUAACGUGCACAGAGCUGCUGAAGGUGAUCGAAAAGUACCAGCACAGAAUCACACGGUUGUCCCAGGAGGAGAACGAGCUCGGCCUGUUCUUGCGUUUCCAGGCUGAACGUGACCGAACUAAGGCCGGGAACAUGAUGGAGGCCACCAGCAAGGCCCUGUGCACCUCUGCCAGGCAGAGGAUGGCGCUUUGCCCGCCGUUGCAGCGCAUGUACCAGGAAGUGGAGACGUUCCGGCGGCGCGCCAUUGCCGACACGCUGCUGACGGUCAGCCGGAUGGAGAAGGCCCGCACGGAAUACAGGGGAGCGCUGCUUUGGAUGAAAGACGUCUCUCAGGAACUGGACCCGGACACUUACAAACAGCUGGAGAAGUUCCGCAAGGUCCAGUCGCAGGUCAGAGGGACUAAGAGCCAGUUUGAGAAGCUGAAGAACGACGUGUGUCAGAAGGUGGACAUGCUGGGAGCAAGUCGCUGCAACAUGCUGUCUCACUCCCUCUGCACCUACCAGACCACCCUGCUGCAGUUCUGGGAGAAAACGGCCAACGCCAUGUCGGGAAUCCAUGAGGCCUUCCAAGGGCACAUACCAUAUCAGUUCACCACAAUCAAGCAUCUACGGGAUCCACUGGAGGAAAUCUCUGUUUCCCAAAAAGAAGAGAAGGAUGAAAAGGCCCGACAGAGCAACACAGACAGCCUGGUGUCCUUGGAUGACGACAAGCCAGCAGAAAGUGCGUCUAAUUCAGAUCUUAAGCUCAGCAGUGAUGGGCAGAGCAAGGCUGGUGAGAGUGCCAUGCACGACCUCAGAGGGCUCUCUGGAGACUCCGGCGAUGACCUUAUGCUCAUGGCCUGCGGCAUGCCGCCCCCAACGGACACCCCCCUGGUCCCGCCUCCUCCCCAGGACGGUGACCAGAGCGAGAGCUGGAGCUUCGGACGCUUCGAGUCCGGCCUCCCACAGCUGCCCGCCUCGGGUGACAGUUUGCUGAUCCCGUCAGAACCAGGGGUAACGCUGGAGGAGGAAGAUGGCGAGCGCAGCGACAUGGCUUUCCUGAAGGACCUCCUUAGCCCGGGCCCAGGGGGCAGCGAUGAGUUCAGCAGAGAGUGGCAGGACGCCUUCGGGGCGUUCGACCCUCCUAGCGUUCCUGCAGCAGGCACCGGACCCGCCCGUCCCCCUUCCAACCCACCCAGCCCCACAGGCUUCCUGCCGUCACAGCUGCUGGAUCACAGUUUGAGCUCCUCAGGUUGGGUGACCCCGCCCAUGUUCCAAGCUCCACCCCUGCAGCUGCCGCCUGGUCAGAACCAGGCAGCUCCCCGCUCUCAGCCAGCUGCAGCUAACGCUUCAGGAGGAUCCAAAGACAUGUCUGCGUGGUUCAACCUGUUCGCCGACCUCGACCCGCUUUCCAACCCCGACGCCAUCGGACGCUCUGCUGAUGAGCUGCUCAACGCCUGAACCUCUUCUUUGAGCUGCUUCAAUGUACCUUCACUCUCUUAAAAAAAACAUCUAUAUUACAGCAAAUUUUCAUUCCAUCAUAAUUGAGCACAUACACACACUAAUCUCCUUAGAAGCUCGAAACACUGAGCUGAUAAACUCUCAGCUGCUGUAACCGACUUUAAUACCAAGUCAAACACCGAAGCUGCGGUGGUUCGUGUUAGGGAGGAUGUCUGGGCCCCGCCUUUGUUUUGGAUGUUGCCGUGUGCUUUCUGUGUUUGUUUUGCCGAGUGUACAUAUCCAGAGAUCCAGGGUGGAUUUAAAAAAAAAAAAAGUCUUUAUGCUGAAAACGGUUUGUGUGAAGUACCACAUGAUUGUCACAAAUGAUUCAUAGGUUGGGAUGUGAUAGGUCUGUCUUUCAGAAAUCCUGACCCCGAAAAAUCGACACACUAAUCCAUCAUUUAUCAGCCUACAGGCAAAGUGAAACCACUACACUUCCAUUGCAUUUAAACAAAAAAUUUAAAGCCAAAAUGUGUAGUUAGUGCUUUUUAAUUGUACACUUUCAGCUCUUUAUGGAGUAAAAACUAAUAUAACAAGCUGAUGUUUGCUGGGUACUUUCCAGAAAGCCAUAUUUGUCUUUCAUGUUCUAUAGAAUUGGAGAAAACUCCCAUCGCUUUCUGUGGCAUCUCAUUAAUGGAGCCUUAAACGACAGAAAGGAACAUUUUAUUGAUUUGGAAACUAGUUUUAAAUCAGCCCCUACCUACUUGUGCGGCUGCAUCAUUUAAGCAGUUUGUCCUGCUUUGUGCAUGAGCUACUGCCAUGUUUAUCUGUUUGCAGUAGAACUUGUCUGCACACCUUUUGCCCAAAGAAAAUAAGCAAACUAUACGACAGAACAGGGCAGGUACAGAAAAAUGCAAUCCAACAGCUAAAGUUAAAAUUCUUUUUCUCAAUAGUUUUUUGAUAAUGAGAUAUGGUUAAAUGACUGAUAAACAAUGAGCACAACUGGAAAGUUAUUGGUUUCCUCUGGGGUUAUAAAAUGUCAUAAGUGAACAAACCCAAACUGAGAUCAGAACCAGAAUGAAUGCAAAUAAGUUGAAACUUAAAUUUUGCAGUAAAUUUUAUGUGAUAUUUGUCUAGAACUGAAGCAGAGUGGACUGUUUUAUGUGUAUCGAAUGGAAGUUGGAGCGGAGGAAAUGGUCAAAAGGUGGUUACGAUCUGGCAAAAGAGGUGAAUUGAGCCAGACCCAGUUUUAGAAACGGGUAUUCCUAACUUUCAUUUUAGUUUAGAAAGGUUCAAGAUGUCAGAUUUGGGAUUUAGAAAGCUGACCACUCAGCCAGAUAAAUAUUUCCAACUGCAGAUGAAAUGACCAAAUCAGAAAGUCAACAUAUCUCCUGAAAGCUAACACUAGCUUGCUAACAUGACUAUGAAUUGCAGUUGGAACAGUAACUGUCUUGUUCACCGUCGUUAACUUCUGCUAAUUAGAAAUGGAACCGCAUAUUUCGGGGUUCUUUCACAUUUGUAGGUCAAUUUUCCAGAUUUUUCCAGAGAUCUGUUGUUCUUAGCAAAUAUAAAACCUGACAGAAAAACAUGGAUGGAUGUGAUGGAUGACUUCUAGAUAUACAUAUAUUUUUCCAUACUUCCUUUAGUUUUUCAACAUUAACCCAGAACUACAAAUUAACUUUGCAAGAGCCCUAUUAUUUGGUCAUAAAGUAUUAGUCUGGCACGUCAUCUUUCCACAUCCUGUCACAGCUAAACUGGGAAAAGCAGAGCUAACUGAGCCAUUUAAUGGGUUCUUCAUGAUGCAGCAGAUACCAAAUGCCUCGACAUGUGGUUGAGAUUUAGUCAAAUGGUCUGAAGCUAACUUUAAACUGUGAAUUCUCAGACUGAAAUUCAAGGUGUGUAACGAGGAAUAAACCCUCUAGCGAUGGCCUUAAAGGGCGAAGCCUAUACGAAAUAGAACAUCUCCAAAUGACAUGGUUGAAAUUCCAUCUACUGAAUCCAUAAUCACAAGUCUAAGGCCAAGAAGACCUCUUUCGCUUGCAAAUGAUUGGUGCAUCAUAGUCAUAAUAAUCAGCUCUCUGGGCAUUGUGAGAUACAAAACCAUAACAACUACGAAUUAAAACUCAAAUAUUGACUAUUUUAGCUUCAUGUGCCGUGUAUUUAUAGCAUCUGUGUUUAACUGAAUCAAUCCAAAGGAGCUGCUUAACAAAAAGGGAUUCAUCUCCAUGUGUGGAUUGCUGACAACUGAAUGCUUCAGUGUGAUUUAGUGCAAAUUUGUUUCUUAAAGGGAUUUUUUAAAAAUGGAAAAUAAAAAGGGUCCAAAAUGCACCAAAAUCCUCAGUUGGGAUAUUUGUUUGCCGACAUAUUUAACAAACUGCACAUUAAUAUCCCGACUCACCUACAAGACACAAUUAUGUUUCACUUUAUUUACCUUCUAAUGCAACUUAAAAAAAAUAUAUUACUAUUUCUGUCACAUCAAGUGUAAAUCUUACUUUUCACACUGAAAAUAAAAGAAUGUAUUUCUCAA